UGCCGGCGCUGGCACGGGCCGGCGCUCCCGGCGCGGCGGCGGCGAGAACGGGCUGAUUUCCAAGAUGUUGAGAGGAAUUGCUCACGGUGCAAAACACACAUUCACGCUUCUGUUGACAAGACCUCAGAGCUGUAACCCGGGACUGAAGUUUUCAUCAGUAUGGCCUGACGUAGCAAACAGGAGAUUCCUAAUACAUUCCAGUUACACAACUGAUACCAAGUCAAGAGAGGAAAAUAAAAAAACCCUUGAGAAUCUCUACAGUUUGUCAGUCGACAUCACGAAGAUACGCAGACUGAAGGAAUGGGUCCUUCUCCAGGAUGUGGCCUAUGUUAAAGAAAUUGCUGGUAUCUUACAGGAAAUGGGAGCAGAUAAGACCACUGUAGCCAACAUUAUAGAACGCUGCCCCGAGGCAAUUCUCCACACCCCAGCAGAGAUAAACUCUCAAAGAGCUUUAUGGCAAUUAGUAUGCCAGAAUGAAAACCAGCUGGUUAAAUUAAUAGAGCAAUUUCCAGAGUCUUUUUUUACUACUGAGUAUCAGCAGAACCAGAAGGCAAACAUACUGUUUUUUCAAGAGCUAGGACUUAAGAAUAAUAUAAUCACCAGGUUCUUGACAAGUGCACCAAAUAUUUUCUAUAACCCUGUUGAGAACAACAAAAGCGUGAUAGAGACAUUACAAAUAAAUUAUUUAAAUUUAGGGGGUUCUGAAGCAAAUAUGAAGAUCUGGAUACUGAAGUUAUUGAGCCAAAAUCCAUUUAUUUUAUUAAAUACUUCCACUGCAAUCCAGGAGAACUUGGAAUUUCUCCAAAAGAAUAAUUUCACUGACCAGGAAGUUCUACAGCUUCUGUCCAAACUUAAAGGCUUCAUUUUUCAACUUAAUUCUGCCACUAUGCAGAAGAGUAUGCUUUUCUCCAAAAACAUCUUCAAAUGCAGUGAUCAAGAACUAAAACAACUAGUGCUGAAAUGCCCAGCCCUUCUCUAUUAUUCUGUCCCAGUUUUGGAAGAAAGACUUGAAGGACUACUGAAGGAAGGAAUUUCUAUAGCACAGAUAAGAGAGACACCAAUGGUGCUGGAGUUGACAACACAAAUAGUUCAGUACCGAAUUAAAAAGCUCUCUGCAUUAGGAUAUGAUAUAAAGAGUGGAAAUUUAGAAAGCUUGAAUGGUACUAAAAAAGACUUUGAAGUCACUUAUGGUAAGAUACAAUCAAAGAAGGAGAGACCAAUUUUUAAUCCUGUUGCUCCUUUACACAUUGAAGAUUAAUUUGAACACUGUACUUCAAGUUAUGCAAACGCAAAUGAAAAGGGAAGUUGAUUCUUUGAGAAGAGAUGGAACAAAAGCAAUCUUAAAUCAAGACUGUAGUCUUACACUGUACUUUGUUCAGAAGGGGGUCUUGGGCACAACUUCAUUAUUCAUCAUAAUAUUAUCAUACUGAAAAAUAUCAUCAUAGAAGUUACAGUAAUGAUAAAUUUAACUUUUUCCUAAGAGUACCCCAGAUGAUUUUCUUACCUGACAGGGCAUUAACUGCCUUAGAUUUUCAGCUCCGUCACUGCAGUCCAGCCUGUGGUAAUGAUUAGCACAAAUUUUAUCUGAAGAAGACAAAAGGAGGAUUAUUUGUCCAGCAGUAUUCAUCAAUUGGCUGGUUCACUGUCUUCAGGAAAUGCUUUUGGAGUUAUUUUCCUUGUUGCUGAAGAAGCUCUAGCUCCUGGAUUGUGACCUGCAACAGACUUGAUUUCUUGGACAGCAAAGCCCUGUCCUGAGAACAGGGGCUGGACAUAGUAUCUUUUUAUUCACUGACUGCUAUGGUGAGACCCUAGUAUCUUUGUGUACAAACCAUAAUCCAAAGAACUACAGGAUGAUAACCUUUAUAUUUCUGAGCCUUCAAAAUUUACUUGUUUUUUCAAAUGGUUUGGGAGAGGAAGAAAUACAUUUAUUGCCAAUGUGUAGAUCUUAUUGUCUAGCAAGGUUUGGGGACAAGAAAGAUUAGGGAGAGAUUCAAGUCUCAAAUUAUGGUAGGAGAAAAGAGAAAGUAAUACUUUUCUAUUCGGUGCAACAAAACUCACUCUGUAAACCACUGGUGAUUAAACAUGACUACCAGAUUUGCAAACA